CCGCUCUUCUCUCUUUCUUCCACGUCAUUUAUUCCGAACAAAUCUCAUCAUUUCAAUCCGAUUCACACGGAUUUCUUCUUUUACUUCUUAUGCUUAAACAAAAAAUCUGAGUCCUUGAAAUAAAGGUUGGAAAAUGUGAGCCUUUGGAUUAAAUUUUGAUCCAAGACUUCCAUUUUGUGGUUUUUGUUAAAAUAAGGAAUUUGGAUUUUGUUUGGGGGUCCACACGGAUUUCUGAGGAUUUUUGAUUUUAUUGGAGAAGAGGAGAAGAAGCUUCGAGGGCAGAUAUAUAUAUAGUUGGAGGUUUUUUGGAUAGAGUUUGGGGGGAGAGAUGCGAGAAAAACUAGGGUUCUUCUCAUUUUUAAAAGAAGCUAAGGUUUACAAAGAAACUCUCCUUCUGUUUUCAUUUUCAAUUUUCAGAUUUUUAGACAUAGUUUAAUAUCGAAAAAAAAUACAAAAAUAUAGAAAGAAAGUCAGUAUUCUUUCUUUUCCUUUGCUUCGAUCACUGCAUAAAAGAAAAAACUCAAAAAUAUAUGUUCCGUCUCUUCUUUUCCAAUUUCGACUUUUGGUUGCAAAAAAUGGAGAUGGUUUCCGUUCUGCGCGACUGAAGUUUGGUUAUGUGUUCGUCGCAAAAUUGAGUCGAGGUGUCGAUUCGAGUUUCUGGGGUUCAUCUGCGGUCGAAUUCUGGUUUAUGAUUCUUGCUGCUGCUGUCUUGCUUGUUCAUUUCCCAACUUCGUUAGAAAGUCAGUUUGUAAUCGCAUACAAACAAAUUCAAUCAAAAGCUUUCCAUAUUCAGGUAUGGACCCGCUGAUUCGAUCCAAAGUGCUGAUGGUAGUAAAGAUUCCUAGGAAGUUGAUCAAGUGGUGGAAAAUGUUUUCAUCGUUAGAACAACAUGAGUUAAUGCAGAAAUUGGGCACCCUAACUUCCCUUCUUGAUAUCACACCCCGCCCAGACUUAGUGGAGGCGAUUCUGACUUAUUGGGAUCCACAAAAUUUGAUUUUCAAAUUUGGAGAGUGUGAGAUAACUCCUACCUUGGCGGAAAUGUCUGGUCUCACUCGUUUAAGCUAUAUAGGCAAGGACAUGAUACUUCCCCGAGACCACUCUAGGACAAGAUUCCUCAGCGACCUGGGCCUAAAAGAUAAUAAGCAUUUAAAGUGUCUCGAGCAGUCCUGAAUAUCCUUGGAUUAUUUGUUUGCUAGAUUUGGACCACGGAAUAGUUUUGACGUCUUUUGGGAUGAGUUCUGCACAACCAAGGCGAAGUGGCAAAGACGUCGCCUCGAAGCUUUUAGCCUUGCUUUGUUGGGAUUAUUGGUUUUUCCAUUAGACGAGAGGCACAUUAGCACCCGUCUGCACUCAUGAGAAGCAACGUAAAACCGUUAUUGUUGUGCCGAUGAUCUUAGCAGAGUUGUACCGAGCCCUGAGUGAGGUUAGGGGAGGUUUCAGAUAUUUUGAGGGAAGUAACCUUUUGCUACAGCUAUGGAUGAUGGAGCAUUUGCACACCGCUUCCUUACUUUGUCCCAUCGACCGUGCCUUGAGGGAUCGGGUGGUAUGCAUCGAAUGUAGGAUGAAAUCUCCUAAGUUUACGUACCCAGUAGGCAUCACGGCUUGGAUUGAGUUCCUUGGUUUGAGGACAAAUGGGAAUGUUUUGUGGGCUUACCUUUGGCUACCUUUGGAUGAUAUCUUGGUAGGGUGCCUCAUGCAGCCUUUCCUGAUGCUGAUAGGACUCAAGUCUGUCAGACCAUAUACUCCCGUUACGGUAAUGCGGCAAUUGGGCAGAAGACAAGAGGAGCCUCCAACUUUGAAUCUUCAGAGGCACAUCAUAAAUUUUAGCAAAAAGGCGGCUGAUGAAAUCAAGUAUGUGCAAUACUGGAACAAUGCAAAGAGGAUGAAGAAAAAUCCGUUAGUAGAGGACGUUGGCAGGCCCGAGUGUACUCAGGAGUACUUCAUUUGGUUACAGUCCGUCCCGCCAGGGGUCAGCACCCCAUUGCCAACACAACUUAGGGGUCGGGCAAUUCAGACAGAUGAUGUUGAGGAGAUAUCGGACCAAGAUCCCUGGGAUAAGCUUGAGUUGAUAAAGUCUCAGCUAGCAGGAUUGGCAGCAAACGUGGAGCAGCAUGGCCAGUAUUUGUUUAGGGUCGGCCUUCAGGAUGCGGGGACACACGCCAGGUCCUUUGUUCCCAGCAUCGGUGUUUCUUUACGAGGCAUGUUACAGAGUUUGAGCAUGACGGACAGCCCAGGAUCAUCCCAGCCAGGACCGUCGCAUUCAAUAGCAGCUUGAGGAUUCACUCUAUUUAGGUGUUUUGAGAUUGUCUUAUGUUGUCUUUUACUUUCGUGUCUUUUCUAGAAGUACUGAGUCCUUUAGGUAGUGUCAAAUUCUAUCGUAGUGUAGUUGAGUCUGUCAGGUCUUUCAUUAUAGCACUUCUUAUUAUAUUUUAAUAUCGAAAAGUUUUUAAAUGAAAAAU